AUGUCUGAAUCAAAGAGCAUCCUCAUCCCCAGAAACAGAACUGCAUGGCGCAAAUUAGCCGCUAGGCACGGAGCAAGCGACAUGACAGUCAAUACCAUUCGGGUGAUGAAGUCUGGGUCCUUGGUCACACCCCAGCAAUUCCUUACAUUCCGCGUUAUUUGGCCUGAUCGCAAAGAGCCGAAACAUUUCUAUGGUAAGAAGGAAAGGGAGGAUAGCCAAGAAAUGGCGAAGAUCUUCAAACAGAACCGAGCGUUCAACGAGUCCUUCGAAACCUACCUGACGGGGAUCACAAGGAACUGGGGCCCUGCGGACGUGACGGGAGUAUUUCAGCUCGUCAGAAAGUAUCAAAUGCAAGUCGACAAUCAGAUUCCAACAAAGGGAUCAACAGACCCAAUGUCGACCAACAUUAGGAUGAGCCCAACUCCAACGCCCGGCCCGGCAACAUCGUCCGAUGGAUCCCGGGGGAGCCAACCGCCCGUCGAAAGCAGCUCGAAGCAAAGCGACCCAAGUCAGAGUCAAACACCAGCGGCUGAGCCGGGGUCGAGCCGAGCGCCCACCGAAAGCAGCUCAGCGUCAACUGACUCACACGGGACACCAGCGGCCGAGCAGGAGGGGAAGAUAUUUGAACGAACUACCGACGAGCAAUAUGUCAAUCAGGCGCUGAUAACAUUUCUCGACGCGGUAACCGUCAAUCUCCCCGAAGUCAAGUGUCACUGGGGUAUACGACGUCUCCCGUUCAAGGUCGAGUUCGCUCUAGCCAGCAUGGAGGCCCACACAGAUGGUUAUCUGUACGGGCUCAAGGCCAACAACGAAGCCUUCGCAAUUGUGGAAACCAAGGCUCAUUCCCGAAAAAGACGCGGCGAAGGCUCCCGAAUCUACAUGCAAGAAUCCGCCGAAAUGGUCGCUUGGAUAUUCAGGGAUGCGAAUGACGGCCGCGAAGUGCCCCUUAAGGAUAACCGGCAAGUUUGUCUUUCAUUGGGCAUUGCUGGCUGGGUGCUAAUACUCUAUGUCAUUAAGACGCCUUCUUGUCUCCCAAGAUCGACAUGA